AUGGAGGGCGACCGAUUCAAGGUCCGGAAACGCAGUCCCAAAGCCUGUAGACGCUGCCAUCGUCGGAAACAAAGAUGUGUCGGGUAUCCGAUCUGCACGAACUGUGAGAGUGCGAAAUCGACAUGUACGAGAUCAGACACACCAACUUUCCAACCUGCAUCCGAAAGAUAUCAUGGAUUGUCCAAGGAUGCCUUGUUCGACAGAAUCGAGGAACUCGAAGCCCAAUUAAACGCAGUCUCCAGACCCGCCCACGAACAAGCCCAACAGUUCCCUUGUGAAAGUCCAGAGCCACUCCCCUUCCACUACUUGCCCGAAGUAGGCCAUUUGUUUGAUGUGAUGGAGUAUUUGACGACGGGGCAGAUGUCAGGCCGGACACCGAUCAGGUCAUUUUUGUCCCCGGGCACUUUGAUCGCCAAAGAGAUGGACCAGAUCUUUGACAGCACGGUAUUAGAAAGCGAUAAUUCGGGCAAUACCGAAGUAGAGCCCGAAUGGCCUACCGAUGAUACCCAGCCAGCCGCACCGGUCGACAAAGAAGGGUUGAAGUACAUCCAAAUCUACAUGGAGACGAUGCAUAACCAUAUGCCGUACCUGGACAGCGAGGAGAUAUAUCAGAUGCAUAGCAAAAGAUUUCAGCCUAUAGCGCCCACGCGCUCCGCACGUUGGAAGUCUUCUAAAUUGUUUAUGGUUUAUGCUAUCGGAGCAGCGACUUGCAGAGUGACAGAAAACCAGCCUAGUAUUACCGCAAGUGAUCUCUUCCGCACGGCCUUGCGUCUUAAACCUUCAGUCACCGAGCUUCGCUCCCUUCAGAGCAUUGAAGCAAUGAUGUUAUUGAUAAUGUACAACCUACGCAUACCGAACAGCUCCAACAUAUGGUAUAUGAUUGGGCUGGCCAUGCGGACCGCCAUUGAUCUUGGACUACACAGAGAAGAAAACUAUCUUCAUUUGAAACCCGAUGAGGCGCAGAGCAGGCGACGGGUGUUUUGGAGCGUUUACGUCAUGGAUCGAAGUAUUGCACGGCUUCUCGAUCGACCAUUCAAUAUUGCUGAACAUGAUAUCGAUGUCGGAUUGCCCUUUGACUACCAGGAACCUCAUCAAAACGAUCCCAAUGAUAGGAAAGAAUACGGAAGAUCAGAUAUCAGAACCAGCAUUGCGGCUUUUAUUCCCGUCAUUAGACUGAUCCGCUUAAAGUCGCAGAUUCAAACCAGAGUUCAUAGAGUUGACAAAGAAGUCUCAUUGUUGAUGCCCGAAAUCAAUCCUUUAUUCUUUGCUUUGGAAGAAUAUAGACGUUCUCUGCAAUCGGAUCUCUCUCCUAUCGACCAUGACUGGAUCAAUAUGCAUUGGAAUAAUGGCAUUUUGAUUCUGAUCCAGCCUUUCCUUCGGGAACUUCCUUCCGAUCAUGAAUUAAUUCGUACCUGCAUGAGAGCAUCUGGGCAGACAUGUCAGGUAUUCAAAGCUUUGCACCAAAAAGGCUACCUUGGGUUUGGAUAUUUCCUCGUUAGCACCUUGUUCAAAGCUGGCUUGACAUUAUGGUGA